CUCUUUCUCUCUCUCCCUUUUUACUGUUCAUAUUUUACAAACACUUUUUAUUCUGUAUAUAUACCCCCCACUCAUGCAACACUUUCUUUCCCAUAACAAUUCCUUCUUUCAUCUCUCUCUCUUUUUCCUUCAUUUUCUUUCUAAUCAAACACAAACCAACACUACUCAACGUUUGGUCUUUUUUUUUUUGUUUUUUUUAACUUCUCUAUGGCUGACCUUGACUGUCAAACUAAGCCACCCCCACCAACCACCUCCGCCACUCCCGCCACCACACGUUUGAAACUCUUCGGCUUUGAUGUUUCUGAAGACAACGAUGACAUAUCAUCAGACCCCACCACUCCCACACCAAAAACUCCAUCCGGGUCCCCUGAUUCCUCGGGCUUUCCUCCAUCUAAUGACCGCAAGUACGAGUGCCAGUACUGUUGCCGCGAAUUCGCCAACUCGCAGGCGCUCGGCGGCCACCAGAACGCACAUAAGAAGGAAAGGCAGCAGCUCAAACGGGCUCAGUUACAGGCCACGAGAAACGCUGCUAUUUCAUUUGCGAGGAACCCUAUGAUCUCGGCGUUUGCUCCUCCGCCGCAUCUCCUGGCGCCGGCUGGGCCAGUGGUGGUUCCCGCGGCGAGUGCAGCGGCGGCGGGGCAGUCGUGGGUGUACCUUCCACGCGCGGCGGCUCCUGCUUUCCAGGUGUCGCACGGGUGUGUGAUAGCGAGUACGCAUGAGAGAGGUGCAGGGGGGUUAGCGUAUGGCGGGCGUGUAGGGGAUUUGGGUGUGAAUAUGAUGGGGGCCCAAGUACAGAGUAGGGCCCAUGGACGGGUGGUGGAUGGGCCCUCAUUGAGUAGGUUUUCAAAAGGAGAUGGUGGGCCCAGUUUUGAUGAUGUAUUGGGCUUGGAUUUACAUCUGAGUCUUGCUCCAGCUGGGUCUUGAUUUGGGCUUGGUUCGGAUCCGGGUGGGUCAAUUCUAAAAUCUAAUCAAAUUAAUGUAAUCUUGUGUACAUUUUCCCAAAUUUUAUUUAAUUUAUUUUUUCCUCA